GUACAAGCUGUAGAGGUGUCUCAGGAUGGGAGCGAGAGAUCCUUUGUGGAGAGGUCCCACAGUACGCGGUGUAACAAGUUGGGUGGAUUCCUGGAGCAAUUGGAAAGGGACAGGUUGCAAAGAGAGACGUGUCCCAGGACUUUGUACAGGGGAACAGUUUGGGGGUGGGUGUCCCUGGACUGCGUGUGUGUGUGUGUGUGUGUGUAUGUGUGUGUGUGCAGUGUCACUUAAGGUAUCCUGGAGCUGUGGGGAUCACCUAGUUUUUUUCCCGUGGAGAACGGAUUAUUGGGCCUUUGGCAUCCUGGGGGAAGUGUUGACCACGUAAACGUUGCAGACGCCCCCCCAGGCUCCUUCCUUCUGUGGCCCCAGCCCCUGAGCCGUGCUGAUAACCAAGCCAGUCGGUGGCCUCGCUCAUGUGCCUCCUCCCAUCUUCGUUUUUGAUCAUGUCUCCACAGCCUUAGAAAUAAGGAAUCUUCUACAACUGCCUUUAUAUUCCUUCAGAUGUAUCUGUCUUUAAGCAAAUCCAACCUACAAACGUUGGGCUUAUUCAACAGCUUAAAUUAAAACCUGAAUUUCCCAAUUGAUUUACUAUGGGAUUCUUUCAGAGAACAAGUUCCCCAGGACAUUUAACACUAGUUAGUUUAUGGGGAAAAAAAUCAGCUUAAUUCCACAAAUACUGCGUUAAAUUGUCCGCUAUGCUCAAAACACUGUGUUGUGGGAAAUAUCAGAGAAGAGCAAGACAAGGCCCUUACCCUCAAGGAACCUUGUCUAGCUGGGAAGAUGGGACAUAUGCCUGUGAAAUAGGCCACGGUUUUAGGGAAGAACUGUCGGCUGAGGACUAGGCUUUCACUAUUGUUCUGCGCUGUCUGACAUGAUGGGACCAGGCAGACAAGCUUCAACCUGUGUUCAUCUAGCAUCCGGUGUCCAGCUAGAUGGGAGGAGUGACGCCACGAGACUUCAGACCCAGCACCAGCUGCAGUUUAAUAAGAAUGUUCCUACACAUUCAAGCAAUUUGGCAACCCACUAUUCUUGCCCACAUGCAAUCAGAAUUGAAAAACUGAAGCACUCAUACAAUGAGUCGUACCAUUGUAAAGAUUUGGAUUUUAGAGAUGGUCCUGACCUAAGCAGUUCUGUUUCGUUUUCUGUCAUCUCGGAAGAGAGACUUAGCUAUGCUGUCCAUCUAGCCAAAAGAGAUGUGAAACGAAGACAAUUGGAAGAACAUAUAAAAGCACACCAUCUCAGAAGUCAGCCCCAAAUCUCUCCGAGAUGUGGACACACUAACCAUAAAGUAUCAGACCAUAGGGUGGAAAGGAAAGAGUCGAAGAGUCAAGAAGUCUGUCGUUGCAGCCACCAGCCAUCCAAAGUAGAAAUUUCCAGCUCAGGUGCCAAGGUAUACCUGUACACAUCUCGUCCAGGACAGUCAGAUCUGACCAUGCCGAAUUUGCCAACCACCCAUGAUCCAGAACUUCAGCCACAUGCCAGGACAGGUGACCAAAAAAGCCUACGUGACCACAAAAGCCUGCUAGAAGUUCAGCGACUCCAGAAAGAAUUGAGCAGUUGUAUCCAUAAAAUUGAAGAAGUAACUAUAAAAGAUAGAAUGGAAGAAGCCUUGGAUCCAGACAUGGAGCGGCGAAUCCGUGUCAGGAGGCAGGAACAAGCUGUUCGUUCUGCCCGGACGCUGUAUGUCCUCCAGCAGCAGGUGAAAGAAAUCCAGGAAGAAUUGGAUAAAUUGAGUCCACAUAAAAUUAAACACACUAAGAAGUCAUGGGCAAUGUCCAGGCUGGCAGCUGCCCAUCGCGGAGCCAUUCGGGCCUUACAGAUGUUUGUGACUCAGUUUACUGACCAAGGGGAGCACUCAGUUUCUGCUCGGUGUAGGGAGCUGGGCAGUCUUAUCCGCCAGCUGUCACUCUGUUCUGCCAAGCUGAAUGCUGAUUCUUCUGUCCCGGAUGUGGUGAUAGAUAUCCUGCAACAAAUUGAGGCUUUGGAAUCCCUCCUGGAAAAGAAACUGUCGCCAAAAAAGGUGAAGAAGUGUUUCGGUGAAGUCCGGAGCGGAUUUCCUGUUGGUAGCCAAAGGGCCCUAGAGAGACAGCGAAGCGCAUCGCCAAAGAGCGAGAGGAGACCCCUCGUAGCAAAGGAGAUAUUUCCACGGGAAACAAGACGACCUUCCGUGGCAAAGAAGCUUCUUGCUGAUAAGUGUCAACCUGAUAAAGAGCUUCCAGUGACCCAGAGGUUGGAGAAUGAGUUUGAUGCGUUAGAUGCGGAUAUGCUUCCGGAAGAAGCUCCAUCUGCUCGAGACCAAAAUGCAAGCUUCAAAGAAGAGGCAUUAGCUCUGACCAAAACAAAUCCAGUGGAAAAGAAGCUUGUGACUGAGCAGGUGCCAUUUAGGAAGAAAGAUACUCUGGCGUCGGCAAGACUACAGCAAGGAUUCCACAAAGCUGAAAAAAGUAGAUCAACCCAAUCUCACAGCAAAAGCAGGUUGCAACGGACAACAGUCUCAUCCAGAUUAAAAAUGAAUCCACAGCCUGUGAAAGACAGUAGGGCCCCUUGGAUCCCUCCAAACCCCACCUCCCCAUCAGCGUCUCCUAAAUGUGCUGCCUGGUUAAAGGUGAAAUCCAGCUCCAAAGAUGUCACAAAAGAGCAGUCUGUCCAGCAAGAAGAUCCUCAAGAGGAAGGUCAAUUGAGAGGUGCUGUUGAGCAAGAAGCAGCUAGACUUGCUUGGCUUGAUGCUGAAACUUCCAAAAGAUUGAAGGAACUUGGAGAAUUAAAAGCUGAAGAAAUGGACAAAAUGCAAAAACAGAGGCUCGAUUGGCUCGAUGCUGAAACUUCCAGAAGAACAAAGGAAUUGAAUAAACUCAAAACUGAAGAAGUGGAUAGACUUCACAACUUGAGUGAUUCUGCCACCCAGUUAGCAGACAAGGUAGAGAAGACAGUUCUGGAGCAUUUGAAGCCUCUCCUGGCCAAGGCUCAGAGAGUCAAUUCUUCUUUGGAAGCAGAUACUCAUUUGAAGGGUCGGCCGUCAGUGAACACAGCGACAGCCCAGCCUGCAGAGGAGACUACCGCUGUUGAUUGUGAAUCCAACAAUGUCCGUCAGCUGGAUAAUUCUUUAGAAGAUUCCUCUCGUGAGUUCUGGGCUGUGACUCAGUCCAGGAUCUUGGAGCCUGAUGCCUUAGCCACUUUGGGGGACAGCAAGGACAGCCCGUAUCUGGAGACCAUGAUGAUCCGAAUGGAGGAAAUGGAGAAAUACCAGGAGACAGUUCGCCAAAGAUACAAUAAAAUCAUUUAUACUGAUCUUCAUCUUUGGAUGCAGGAAGAAAAAAAUGACCACAAAAUCCCAGCAGUAAAUGAAAGGCCCCUCUCUCCUCAUCCAAUCAGGAUCACAAAGGUAGCAGCUAACGAAGACCCAAACGUGAACAUCGUGUUAGAAAAGCCCUGGGAUGGCAAUUCGCUGGAUGAAAAUGUGGGAACAGAAGAGGAAUCGGAGAAAAGAGAGGCUCCCCUCCUGCCCCUUUCAGAGGGUCCUCAGCAGAGACAGGGGCACGUUGCCCUCUCCGUCCCACCCGGAAUGCGGUCCAGCGUUGGUGACUACUGCGGCCGUUUUGAGCAGUACCUCCGGAUGGUGUCUCACGAGGCCGUGGGCUCCUUCAAUCCUUGGCUGAUUGCUGAAAGCUUUUCAGAUGAGCUGGUCGAUGAAGCGCUGGGAGCCGUGGCUGCUGAACUUCAGGAUAUGUGUGAAGAUUAUGCAGAAGCAGUCUUCACCUCAGAAUUCUUAGAGGCUGCUACGUAAAGGCCCUCCAAGAUGGGGGCCCCUUAUGUCCCACUGAAGAAGGGACAGUACCACACUUUGUUUCCAGGCCUCAGGAAGUCUUUAUCUUCAGCUCUUCGCCCAGGCCAAGAAGGUGCUGACUCCUGCAAGAAGGAAAUGCCCUAAGGUCAUCCUUACUGCGUUUUCUCACCCCCACAGCAAUGGUUCUGGUCGUCUGGGAUGGGCAUUGUGUUGUAUUUAUCAGUCCCCAGGAAACACGGAUUAUGACAAUGUGAUAUUUACUGAAUGUAUAAUUUUCCUAUUGAAAUAUGUUCAUUCCACUGCCUGAGUAUGGAGAUCAGAAUGUUUUGAAAGGUAAUAGGUAUAUUUCAUACAGGGAUUCAAGUUGCUGUUGAACCCACGGGUGGCAUUAACGCCAUCAAUAGUGCAGUUACUCCCUGGUCCCAUCACCUGGCUCAUGUUGCCGUCUUUGGCAAUUUCCUGUCAGGACCCCGUCCCACAGUGGGUUAUGGACUCGUGGGGAGCACAGGGUUUGGUUUUGUUGCCAAACCUCUGCUCUGCUGCAGCUCAUUAAAAAUAGGAACCCACAACAAUAAGCACACAUUUCUCUCAUGUUCACUUCCUCGGUGGCUUUUCACAUUUUGAGUUCCUGAGUCUUUUAUUGCCAUGGCUUGACAUAUUCCGGUAUACAAAACUUUUUCUGAAUUCAGAGGAAGCUUGAGGACAUCGGGAGUGGGCCGGGCCUUCUCUUGUGCCUGGUUGAAGGUACAGAGCUCACUUCCAUCUCUGGUGAGGUCAGAAGUUCCUGCAUUUCCGCACCACGCAGGACCCUGGUGUGGGAGGAAGAACCUGUCUGGGUGAUAUGAAGACCUCUGUGUCUCUCCAGAGAAAGGAAGAAACUUAAGAACCAUGAGAGCUUGGUCGUUGAACAUCUCCUAAGUCCUAUUUUACCAAGAGAAAAGCCUCCGUGUUUUCAGAAAUUCUGAAUUCAGAAAAAGAAAUGUGCAUAAGCCCACUGCCUGGAAAAAGGUUCCCUCGAUGUUUUGCCUGAGGCUUGGUGAAAGAAUUGUGAAGGAUGAGUGAUGUGAGACUUACCUUACAGGAUAAUGUGAAUCUUUUUUAUAACACGUGUAAUGUCGUCAUCUGGGAUUUUUCUCUGAAGUACAAGAAUUUCAGGUGAUAAUUUAAGCUGCUUGAUCCCACUUAUUUGUACAAAAUUGAUUUUCGUUUAAUGUUAAUGUUUUCCUGCUUAAUUUUAUGUAACCUCAGAAUUAAAAAGGCAUCAAGGGAAAUUAAAGGUCUUUAAUUUGAGGAGUUAAAAUGUGUACACUUGACUUGAUAGGAGCAUCUGUCAUUGAUAGCUUAAAGUAAUUUGUGUGGCAGUUUUUACUGUGCUGAUUUUUA